AUGUUUAGAAAAUCUCCGAGUUCUCAACCUGUCAGGAACAAAGAUCAACCAUCCCUUUCUGCUCUCCACAACCUCCAUCAGCUGUUACUUUCAUGUUGUCUGAAUCUGGAGAAGUUGCCAAGGUUGGCUUCAAGCAAAUUGGAAGAGCUCGAUCUAUCUGACUGUAAGGCAAUGACAAUGAUAGAAGAUAAAUCUUUUGAGCAUCUACCUCGCCUUCAUCAGCUUGUCCUCUCUCAAACAAAGAUUGUACACUUACCAGAACUCAACUCCCUCUCAAAUCUUGAGGAGCUAAAUUUGAGUGGUGUUAAAUCAUUUACCGGAGCUGAUUUCAUAGAACACAUGAGCAAACUUCAGGUUCUAAACCUCUCCGAGACCUUGCUUAAAGAGCUACCGCCCUUAACGAAUCUCAAAAGCCUUAAGCAUCUGUUUUUGAGGGGCUGUGGACAACUAGAGGUUCUCCCUGUCUUGGAAGUACUUCACAACCUUGAGACUAGUGAUCUUUCUCAAACAGCACUGAGGCAACUGCCGUUUGUAGGAAGUUUGAGUAACCUGCAUAAACUGUUGCUCAGGGACUGUUCAAAAUUGGAAAACUUUAAAAACCACAAGCUGCUUGACACUUCUGGAGUUGAAAAUCUCCCUUGUGGAAUCUCAAGAUUGACUCAGCUGCAACAUCUUGCUUUACCCAGUAUGAAGGAAGACAUCCAAGUAGCUGACACCAAUGAGGUAACUAGCUGGAAGCAAAAGCCUAGUGCAUCACAUUGGUCCUUCUCCAUUGUGGAUCGAACAGUACCAAACACUAGCAAAUCUUUACUUUCUUAUAACAGUUCACUAUUUCUUGAAUUUCUGGACUGCAAUCCUUCUGUGUUGGACUCAACCUCAAAUCAUUUCCAUCUCUUUGUUCAUCCUACUGAGGUACAAAAUGGUGCAGGGGACAUGCUCUUCCACAAGGAUGAAUUGGUUUUUAGAGAUGUCUAUCUAUUAAGUAGGCAUUGCUCUAAAUCUCAAGGGCGGUUAGUGGAGAUUCAUCAUCUGAGUGGUUUUUCCGAGGGCAUUGAGGCUGUACUUCAUAAUGCUGAGUAUAUAUUCUUGUUUGAUAGUUUGUUUUUCAAAUCAUUUUCUGAUUUAGGUGCUGGCAACAUCAAGACGUUGAAAGGCUGUUGGAUUGAGGGAUGUGAAAAUAUGGAGUUCGUUAUCGAGACGAAUGACUCAGUAGACAGUAGCGAACGGGGGAUAGAACUUGAGAUUUUAUGGAUUUCAAAUGCAUCGAGUUUAAGGAGCAUAUACAGCGAAAACCUGCAGUUGGGGAGCUUUCAGAAUCUGAAGUGCUUGUAUCUAGAUUGUUGCCCAAAGCUGUUGAGUGUUUUCUUUUCAUCCCACCUGCUGCAGAUGCUUGAAAUUCUUCAUGUCAGAUUUUGUGAGAAUUUGGUGGCUUUGUUUGGAGAUUAUGUAGAAGAGCAUAAAUUGCCAAACUUACGAACAUUGCGUUUGUGGGAACUACCAAAACUGGAAAGCAUUGGGUGUAUAAUGCCGUCUCUACAAAGUUUAGAAGUAGGCGAGUGUCCCAUGCUUGGACACAUGCUAUCUUCACGUCAUGUACCAGAAAAACUUGAGGUCCUUAAAGUCAGAAAUUGUAGUGAGUUGGGCAAUUUGCUUGAAGGAUUGACAUCAGACAACUGCAAAUUGCCUCAUCUAGCUGAAGUUCACCUGUGGGGAUUACCAAAGCUGACAAGAAUUGGGAUUGAAUCACCCCUGUUGGGAUCUUUAGAAAUUGGAGAUUGUUCUGUGCUUUUACAUGUUUGUUCUGUGAGGAUUCGAAAAUUCUAUUAUUUUUUUUAA